GAACAUCCACACACACACAAACAGGCAUGUAUGCACACACAUUGCUGAGUAUGACCGUCUCAAAUGUUAGGCUAUCAAAGGCUGCUGAAAUGGACCAUCAUUGGGUUGCCAAAUCUUGGUUGAGUGACAUCGGGUUGCCCCAGUAUUCCCAAGCCUUCCAAAGCCAACUGGUGGACGGCCGGGUGCUCAACUCCCUCAGCCGACGAGACCUGGAGAGACUCCUGAACAUCACCACCCAGUCCCACCAAACCAGCCUGCUCCUGGCCAUCCAGCUCCUGCAAUUGCUCAACUUCGACAAAGAGGUCCUGGAGGCUCGCCGAGCCCAGUGUGAGCACAAGGACCAGGACCCAGUGGUUUGGACUUGCCACAGAGUCAUAAAGUGGAUCAGAGACAUAGACCUAAAAGAGUAUGCUGAUAGUCUUCAUGGCAGGGGAGUCCAUGGUGCUGUGCUGGCUCUGGACCCCUCAUUUGAUGCAGAUGCCAUGGCCAAGGCCCUGGGAAUCCCCAGCCAUAAACAUAUGCUUCAUCGGCACAUGUAUGAGGAGAUGAAGGCUCUCUCCAUCCCUGCCAGGCAAACUAGUGUGGAGCAGGAUUGUGAAGUGCCGGGAACGGGAGCCCCACCACAAUCCCCUUCUGCUGUUAGCCGCUAUAACGAGGAGAUAGUGUCUAUGAGACGAAGGUCAGGCAAGAGUCCUCUUCGGUUUAACUCAAAGAUCGCCAUUGGACGGGGCCUUGGUUACCAUGGCAGCUGUGGAUCUCUGCCCAGAGAGGCACGGGUGCAGGCUGUGCCCAGGACAAAGGGAAGUCCCAUGCACACCUACAAGAGUGUUGAGAUCACCAAUGUCUGAACUGUGCCCUGUGGGGGAUACAGGUGGUUAACUCCAGGUGAAAAGCAUUCAAUAUCAACAGAAUUGCUGUUUUUUGACAAUCUAAAAUAAAUCAAAAUCUUCA